CCCCCACCAUCAAUCUUCUAGCUGCAACGUCCACCGACCCGGAAUCACUCGAAAGAGCCUCACUGCUUCCGAUACACUCAUUUUCCCGAUCACAUGUCCACGUAGCCGAUCCGUAAGAGGCAGGCAAAGGCGGCAAAAAAACAACUUAUCUCUCUCAUCCCGAGCCUAGACUGCUUAGUCUUUAGGCAUCAAGAGAAGCGAAGCCUUCUAUACGUUACCGCUUACCUCUCCGUUGGGCAGACUCGUCUCCCUUCUUCUGGCUUUCGGGGCCGAGCGACUAGGAUGUCUAUCAUACAGCAGCACACCCAGGCUUCGCUAAGCGAUGCCUGGCGGACCAUCAACAUCGACGCUCUAGACCCGGACUCGUCACAGAACUUCGACACUUCCACCUUGCACCCGCCGUUACCCGAGAUAGGCGAGGCGGAUGUUCGUCAGCUGAAUGCGCAGGUGCGGCAGCUGCUCCGAGGCGGCGAUUCCGAGGGCGCCUUGAGGGGAUGUCUAGAGAACCCGGUGUAUAACGGAAAUGAUUUAGCUAAGGAUUCACAUAUGCAGACCGUAGUCGAGGUUCUACAGUCGAUCAAGGCUAGUGAAAUGACGCCGAUGCUACAGAGAAUCUAUGGCUCGGAAGGCGGCAGCGAGCUGCUAGAUGUGUUGAUGAAGUAUCUAUACAAGGGUAUGUCAGGUGGUCCAUCAGGCGGAGGAGGACCAAAGACCCCAACCCGGGGCUUGACGCCACAGGCCACGGGGUUCAGCCAGAUCGGCUCGAGGCCCGUCGGCACAAACGAGUCUACGGGAACGGCUAUGAGUGUGCUGUUAAGCUGGCACGAGAAGGUCGUCGAUGUCGCGGGCUUGGGUAGCAUAGAGCGAUGCAUGACUGACUGGCGAAAAGUCUAAAGCUUUAGACGGCUUUAGGAAUUGAUGUUCUAUAGAAAUGGGAUCACGAAGUUAUUUACCUGCCUGCCUUGAUAUAUCCACUGAAUUAUCAUCUUUCCUGCCUAUUUGCUCUAGGAUAUUUUUACUUGUCUUCUUAAAUAUAAUUGGUUUCAAUUUCUCUA